GCGGCGCGGCGGGUGCCCGCAGAAUGGGCGGCAGAGCCGGCUUCUUCGAGAAAGAUCCAAUUCUAGAUGGAUCCUUAGAUGCACCCUCUGCAACAGUUUGUACCUUUCUGUGGAAGAGAAGCUUCAGACCAAGAGCCAAUUGUAAAGCAGCAGUACAAGCAAUUUUCAGUGUGGAAAUCCUUGAUUGGGAGACAAAGAAACAGCUAUGCUUCCUAGAUAAGGUGGAACCAAAUGCUACAAUUAGAGAGAUCAGAUUGAUGUUCCAUAAAUUAUAUCCUCGGUGGUAUCCAGCAAGGCAGUCAAUAAAACUUGAUCCAAAAGGAAAGUCCCUGAGGGAUGAAGAAAUCCUGCAGCACCUCCCUGUUGGCACAACUGCUACCUUAUACUUUAAAGAUUUAGGGCCACAGAUAGGAUGGACUACGGUGUUUUUGAUAGAAUAUACAGGCCCAUUGUUCAUCUAUUUUCUGUUUUAUUUCCGCAUGACUUUUGUCUAUGGACUGGAUGAGAGGUUUACAUCAAGUCCGCACCCAGUAGUUAACUUGGCAUGUAUCUGCCAUUCUUUCCACUACAUCAAAAGGUUGAUUGAAACAGUAUUUGUUCAUCGGUUCUCCCGUGGGACUAUGCCACUGAGGAAUAUUGUGAAGAACUGCUUAUAUUACUGGGGAUUUGCAGCUUGGCUUGCAUAUUACAUCAAUCAUCCUCUUUACACUCCUCCUUCUUACGGGAAAAAACAGAUAAAUUUUGCUGUGAUCAUGUUUCUGCUGUGUGAAGCUGGAAAUUUUUCCAUUCAUGUUGCACUCAGUGACCUCCGGAGAAAUGGAUCCAAAACCCGUAAGAUCCCAUAUCCAACAAAGAAUCCUUUCACAUGGCUGUUUUUCUUUGUAUCUUGCCCUAACUAUACAUAUGAGGUGGGGACCUGGAUCAGUUUCACUAUCAUGACUCAGUGUGUUCCAGUGGGGUUGUUCACCUUGCUUUGCUUCAUUCAGAUGACAAUCUGGGCAAAGGAUAAACAUUGCACCUACCUACGAGAAUUCAAGGAUUAUCCAAGUCACAGAAUGCCAAUUAUUCCCUUUUUGUUGUAAGAAAAGAAGGCUUAAUUUGAAUAUUGCAAAGAACUUCAAGAAGAAAAACCUCAAAAAUGUCCUGCCAAAUAAAUGAAUUAAUUAAAAGGAUUUUGGUGCAUGUUGAAUCUCCACUGCUAAGGGAAAUUGUAUGCACUUGAAAGCUACACUUCCUUACAUUCAAGAAUUCUCAACUCAGAAGCACCUUGAAAAAUAAGGCUUCGUUGCACAGCUGCAAAAGAAAGCCCCUGCAGUUCACUGUAACCUGACUUAGAUUUUUCUGUGCUAGUCUAUUUAGAUUGAUGGAUCAGAAAUACUGAGAAGUCUGUGCUGAAAAGCAGCUCCAAAUUUAGCGGUGGCAUUCUGCAAGACAGAAGUACAGUGGAACGAGGACACACCAGCUAACUACUAGAGCUCAGUUCAGCCAGCAUGGCCAGCUGGCCUCAAGACAGUUGCAUGAUCUGCCUUCUUUGACAUGAAGAGAGUGUGCUGCCUGGAGGCAGGUGCUUUGUAACAGAUAACAUUACCAAAGAAUAUGAAUGGUUCUUGGAAUAAGGAAAUAGGCAAUAUCUCAAAAACCCUAAUUUGCCAAAAGAGUCUGAAAUAAGAAGUAUUUAUAGUAUUUGUGAAUGAAAUAUCCUGUGCUGGGGGUUUUUGUUCAUUUUUGGUCUUCUUCAUUAGUAAAUUGCGUGCUAGUAAAUAAGAUUCAGAAGCAAUCUAACCUAUGCCAUAUCUUUGAUAUCUGGCCUGUUUUGAUAUAACAUCUCCUUAUGAUACUAAUGGACCUUUUACCUAGCAUUUUACAUCAGGCUUCUUUGAAUAGUUUUUAAUACACUUUGUAAAUACAUGAGGUGACUGCGAGUCCUCCGAAUGCUCUUCCUCUUUUCGGAGCCAGGGAGAAAAAUCAGCUUCAUUUUGGACUUCCUGUGUUUUUUUUGUCACAGGAUGUUCUGUGGGACUUAGUUGGGUUUUGUGUAAAUUUAGUAAAAAAAGGCUAUUGAAAUCUAUCUGAAUGACAUUUUAAAGAAGCUGUUUUAGAAUAUGAAGUGAAUGCAUACAUACUGUUUUGUUUCAUAAUUAAUUUAUUUAUCUUUAAUAGAUGUAUAGAAAGAUUUUUGCAACUAUUUGUAAGGGUGAAAUAUGCAAUAAAUUCUAGACUAUAUUUUAAAACCAGUUGAAAUAAUUAUGGCAAAAAGAGAAGGCUACAGCUGGUUGCUGAAGUUUCAUAAUAUUUUGUACAGUACAAAGCAAGAGUGUCCUUAUAAAAAAAAUCUACAUCAAUUGAAGAAAAAAUCUUUCAGCGCAAAAAUACAUGACCCAGAUUUUAAUUCUGUAUAACAUAUUUUAGAGAAGAUUUCUUAGAAAUGGUUAGAUCUGGUAGAUAACUGAAGCAAUACAUCAUUAUGAAUUUGUUUUCAGUAUUGUUUUUCUGCUGGUUAAACUGUGAACCAGAGGAAAGACCUAAAUGUCAAAUGAUUUCCCACUGAGUGCAGUGUGGAGUACAAGCAGGUUGAAAUUUUCCUUCUGAGGAGGUAGAAAGCAUAUACCCUAUUCACACUUUACACCCACCUAAUGUCCAGUCACAGGGAAGAGGAAAAAUUUGGUCAUGUUUAGUAACACAGAUAUCUUUCCAGGUCUCUACAAGAAAACCAAACUUUUGGCAGAUUUGGACAUACUCUCUUUCUUUUAUCUCCAUUUUGACAUUUGGCCUCUAUUUGAGGCAACUUGAAGAUGAGUAUGAGAUCAUUUUAAUUAAUUUUUUUUUUUUUAAGCGAGUUUACUGUCUGGGUCUGAGAUCUGAAUUAAUUCUUUUCAUUCUUGCUGAGACAACCAUCUGUUUUCACUGGCAGUCUGGUGAGACAGUGAAGCAAUUUCCCAGGACUAGCUUCAUCAGCCAGCACUGUUCUUACCUUGAUAGUCCUGUGCACUCAGCAUGACAGGAAUCUGCUUCUAAGCUGGGCAAUGCUCUCUGCGUUGGGACCUGUCUGCUGACUCGUUGACAUAAGGGUUAAACAAGAAAAAUCUGGCAGCCUGAAAGUACCAAGAUAGAGAAUCCAUCUUUGAUUUUAUUUAUAUGUCAACAAGGAGGAAUGAUACUUCUCUUCUUGUAUCUUAUAAUGGGCUUAAUAUUAGAGGAAGAUUUUAUUCUAUAGCAAGGACCUGCCUUUGACACUGUCAGCAUGUAGUGUUACUGGUAGAGCAGUAGAAGUUGGCUGUUGCUAGGGCUGUUGUUGAGAGCACAGUGCUCAGAAAGGUGCAAAAAAUCAGUGUAAUACUGAGUGUGGGAACCUUUGCUUUACCCUUGCUCUGCUCUGGUAUGGCACAUGUUUGCACUGUGCACACACUAAGCCUGGAGAUUAUAGGAGUAGUCUAUGCAACUGCCUGCUGGUGCAGAGCAGGGGACACCUUUGCUUCUCGGCUGGCUCCAGCUGCACGUGGAUGCAAAGGAAUUUCCUCAUCCUCCAUCUGCUGUUUAGCAAAGUUCACAAAGACCUGUACAAGGAAAGCAGAAAAUGUCACCAUGUCUUCAACUGAGAUGAGUAAGUGGAAUGACUGCUCUGCAGGAAACAGAAUGAAAGGGGAAUCCACAGGCGUCAACUGAACUGAGACACUGUGUUAUCAGCUGGGAUCAUGAGUUCCUCCUUUAUUUUGAUAAACUUCCUUGCAACUUCCUUCCUUGCAACUUCCUUCCUUUGGAUGUACUUGCUUGCAACUAAAAUCCUACUUUUUCUAAAGGAGGAGAUGGCUUCAGUCAGGUUGUCAUGGUUUGCACAGCAUGAGUUUGGUUGUGAUAGGAAAGAGGAGACAGAUUAUUUUAGUAGGAAGGUGAAAGGGAGCCAGGAGUGUCUCUGGCAAUCCCACCAAAACCAGCUUUGCAUAUGUGGACCCUUAGUUACUUAGGAAAGCAGGCAGAUGGGGCUAAUACCCUCUAGCAAGUAGCUGUUUUGAAAACUCCCAGUGGACUUCCCAGGUUUUGUGUGUCUAAUUGCUUCUCACAGUAUCUUUGACACAACACAGUCCAAACCUCUUAUUUAAAAUAAAAUGCUAUUCUCAGCUCAGUCUCAUUCCAAAUUGCUGACCUUGCUCAGACUGCUGCUCCUGAAGGAAUGAGUUGUGUGACUUCUGUCACCUGGGAAAUGCUGUCUUACCAGCUUUCACAUGGCACCUAUUUACACAGGGAAUAAAUUAGUGAUUCAUACUGAUACACCCUUCUUGAUGAGAGGCCUGGGAAUCUUCUCUGAGAAAGAGGUGUGAGGUAAUUUUCUACUCCAAACAAUUUGGUCCUUCAGUUGUGUAGAUACAUCCCCAUUAUGUUGCCUGAUUCUCACCAGACAGGCUUUCUCCUGGAUGGUUUACUUUUUACUCACCUGAUCUAACGUUGUUUGAGACACAGAAUAUUCUUCAAUAUGCAAAUUUUCCUUAUUGGAGAUUAUUAAUCGAAAAAUCUUAGCCAGAGAGGAAGAGCAAAUCUGAUACUGCAGCAUGUUGUAGUGUUUCUCUCUCUGUAAACUCCCUGGAAAGUUGAUGUGUAUGAAUUGCUCAGCAGGAGUAGUAUCUGGAGGCAGCCCAGACUUUCGAGAUUUGAUUUUCAGGGUGACAAUGUAGCCAUCUCCAAACCUGGGAAGGACAUGUGGAUUUAGGAGUUGGAUGAAGAGGUGGUUUCGUCAUUCAGGAAGGAAAUUAGUUUUCUACAGCUAUGAAAACAAUAACAGUAUCUGAGAGAUACUGCAUAACAUCCAGCUUUUUAGGAAGCCCUGUAUUUGUCCUGCAGAAGUGGUAUGUAGCAUAACAGAGUUGAAAUGAGAUCUGGUCAGAUUGUCUAAUGUACGACAGAGCUUAACCCAGAAAUAGGUCUGGUUAAACAUUGAAUUGCUUGUAUUAAGAAUGGUACAUGUCACAUACACUAAGUUUUCCCAUUAAAAACCACCAUAAAAAUA